GCUGGAGCUGGGGCACCGCGCCCAGGUGCGGAAGAAACCCACUGUGGAGGGCUUCACCCACGACUGGAUGGUGUUUGUCCGAGGGCCCGAGCACAGCAACAUCCAGCACUUCGUGGAAAAAGUCGUCUUUCACUUGCACGAGAGCUUCCCCAGGCCCAAGCGAGUGUGCAAGGAUCCUCCUUAUAAGGUUGAAGAAUCCGGGUAUGCUGGUUUUAUUUUGCCGAUUGAGGUUUACUUCAAAAACAAGGAAGAACCUAAGAAAGUUCGAUUUGACUAUGACUUAUUCCUGCACCUUGAAGGCCACCCACCUGUAAAUCACCUCCGCUGUGAAAAGCUCACAUUCAACAACCCGACAGAGGAAUUCAGAAGAAAACUGCUAAAGGCAGGAGGGAUCAUGGUAAUGUCAGAUGGCACAUCAAUCUCUUCAGGACAGAGCCUUCAUCUCCCCAACCUUCCCAGUAACUCCCUGUCUUUUUCUGACGUGAAGAAGAAGUCAUCUCAYGGGACAAAGGACCCAACUAAGAUAAUGAACACUAGUAGCAGUAGCAGCAGUACUAACAGUUUUUCAAAGCCCCAUAAGUUAAUAAAGGAGCACAGAGAAAAAACUUCUAAAGACUCAAAAGAACAUAAAAGUGCCUUCAAAGAACCUUCCAGGGAACACAGUAAAUCUUCCAAAGAAUGCUCUAAGAAACCCAAAGAAAACAAACCACUAAAAGAUGAAAAAAUAGUUCCUAAGAUGGCCUUCAAGGAACCCAAACCCAUGACCAAGGAGCCAAAAUCUGAAAACACUCCCAUCCUUACCAUAACUGGUGGACAGCAGCUGGAAAAAAAGGUCCCUACAAAAAGGCCCUCUGUUGUGGAUUCUGAUGAACUUUCUACCAAAAAAAGAAAAAAAGGUAGUUCAGAGUCUUUAUUUAAAAGUUUUUCUAGUGCUCCGCCACUGAUUCUUACUUGUUCAGCUGACAAAAAACAAACCAAGGAUAGAUCUCAAUUCAAGAUGGGGAAAGUCAAAAUUGAAAAUGAUACACUGGAAAAGAAGAUGUCUGCUCUUCCACCUUUUGAUGAUAUUGUGGAUCCCAAUGAUUCUGAUAUGGAGGAAAACAUAUCCUCUAAAUCUGAAUCUGAACAGCCCAGUCCUGCCAGUUCCAGCUCCAGUUCCAGCUCCAGUUUUACACCAUCUCAGAACAGCAGACAACAAGGUCCAUUGAGGUCUAUAAUGAAAGAUCUGCAUUCAGAUGAUAAUGAAGAUGAAUCGGAUGAGGCAGAUGAGAAUGACAAUGAUUCUGAGUUGGAGAGACCUGUAAGUACACGUGGAGGAAGCAGAAGUCGCAGAGUUAGUCUGAGUGAUGGCAGUGACAGUGACAGUAGUUCAACUUCUUCAUCUCUACAUCGUGAACCAACACCACCUUUACUGAAAACCAACAACAACCAGAUUUUAGAAGUCAAAAGUCCAAUAAAGCAAAGCAAAUCUGACAAACAAAUAAAGAAUGGUGAAUGUGAUAAGGCAUAUCUCGAUGAACUAGUAGAACUUCACAGAAGAUUAAUGACAUUGAGGGAGAGACAUGUACUACAGCAGAUAGUAAAUCUGAUAGAAGAGACCGGACACUUUCAUAUCACAAAUACCACCUUUGACUUUGACCUUUGCUCACUGGACAAAACCACAGUCCGUAAACUCCAGAGUUAUCUAGAGACAUCUGGGACCUCCUGAGGAUUCAGCAUCUGUCUGCAUCAAAACUGUUUUUUAGGUGAAAUAUGCAGAAUGAUAUAACCGAAAUGAGGAGGAAAAACAAGCCAGCCCUC